CAGUGCUGGUUUUAUUUUGUAGAUUUUAAAAUUCCAAACCGACAUUAACAAUAAUUUUAUUGAUGUUCACAUGCGAUGGAUCGCUACGUGCUAGUUUUAUCUUUUUAUCAAACCGAGGACGAAGCGGAAGAAGACUUUAAAUGUCUGGAGCCAGUAAAACACAUCUAUAACAGACUGGUGGAAAUAUACACUCAAGAAUCAACGAGACGAAUCUCUGUAUUUCCAGCUUGCUCUCUGACUGGAAGCCCAUCAGUCCAGAAGUGUUACUUUGCUGUUCAGGCUUGUGUUGGAACAACACAGUUUUGCAGCGUGGACUGGGAAGAGCUUGGGACUGGUGAUCAAAGAAGUGACAGUGGGGAGGAGAAACUUUCAGCCCUGGACUCAUGUCUCAGUUGUCUGAGUAACCAGGAGGGUUCUGGUCAGGCAGAGCUGUUCGAGGAGGCUGCAGAAGGAUUGCACCUGCUGUCAGACAAACUACCACCACCAGGCAAGGCCCUGUUGGAUGUGCUGGUGUUGGCUUCAGCAGAACAACCUCCUCCUGUCAAAGAGCUCCUGCCUCUGCUGGGAGCCCUGAAACACAUGUCAUGUUGGCACACUGCUAAGAUCAGCCUCAUCACACAGCACACAGCCGCGUGGCAGAAAAUGGCCUCUUACCUCAAUGCUGCUGUGGUGAUGACCUCUGACCUGGUCGACUGCGUUGACCAUAAUGAACUGUGGCGAGGCAGCCUGGUGAUCAGAGAGAAGAAGUUUUUAUCUGAACUGCGUUUUGAUGGGUUUUCUCUGCGUUCCCCGGUGCGUCACACCCCAGGCUCCGGUCUCCUACCACCUGCCUUCACCUCGACAGACCACAAACUACAGUCUGAAGUCUUUCAUUACUAUGCUCCAGUGUUGGACCUGGUUCAGCUGGUUAAUCUCUCACAGCUGCCCAGCUACCUGAUGUCAAACACUUAUUUUGAGCUAGGACUGUCUUCAAAGACAAUGAAGAAUAAACUACUGCUGGAACAACUGAGGUCACUGCAUGGACAGAUUGGAGCAUUGUUCAGUUUGUCCUGUGUAAUUACUCCCGUCGUCCAGCCUGCUGCCAGCCAGCUUAGCUCCCAACGCUGGAGAGAGUCUAUAUCCAGGAGGCUCAAGUCCAUACCUGUUCCUGAUGUGGAGGUUAAAGGUGAAAGUGCUCACCUCCUCCUGCUGGUCCAGGGAGCAGAUGAUCCCGGGAACGGCUCCUGCAAGGUCAGAAUGCUGCACUCGGAUAGUCAGAUUAACGGAGCUGCUGCCAUGGCAACCAUCUCUGCGUUGCUCAGAGAGAAGUGUCCUUCGUCAUCAGGAUCAGAAGAAAAUGUUGGUGACAUCCUGCGUCUUCUGCCCUGUCUCCAAGGAGACGGCCUGCUGAAGAGGGAGAGAAAGGUUACCCAGGUUCAGACGCUGGUGCUGGAGGAAUACCACAAACAGAGAGAAGCUUCGUCCACUUCGACCUCAGUCAGCGAUGUAAAGGUCAUUCUAAAUCUGGCCAGAGAGCAGUAUCUGAAGUUGCUGGACUCCACUCUGCCCCCUGCUGCUACCUGUUUGACAGAUGAGCAGAAAACAGUCAUGAAAACAGUUCUUCAGUCUGACGUCAUCCAGCCAUCUGACUGUCCUGAGAGGAGCGUCCUUCACAACAUAGAGAACCUGCAGAGGAGACGGCAGAAGAGCAGAUUUGGACUGUUAGGUCCAGGCUCCAGUGACAACCUGCUUGGUCCUAAAGACGCUCAGAAAACUGCAGCUCUGCUCGAUGCCAAAGAGUUUCUGAAACACUUCACAUCUGAUGGUUUACCUACUGCAGAGCUACAACCACUGCCCAUCAACAGAGGGAAUAAUGUCUUUCGGUUGUCAUCAGACAUUUCUCCAGGGAGGCUGAGCCAGAUGCCCUUCAGCAAGGCCUCAGUGUUACAUUACCAUGGAAUCCAGUUUUGCCUGGACAAUCAACAGUCCUUGGAUCGGGACCAGGCAUUUGUGCGGCUGCAGUCCCGUCUGAUCCGCCAUGAGACUCAAACCACCUGCAGCAAAGAGCCCUGUCCCCUGCCCUUUGCCCUCAGCCCUGCCCCCUCCCCAGCUGUGAUGUCCGAACCAGGAAGUGUUCCUGAUGGGGAGACUCUUCAGAAUGCUGACGUAGCACGGCUGAAACGCAGAUCCUGGGACACAGAUGUCGGUGGAGUUCCUCGCAAGAGGCUGGUGAAGUCGGAGAGCAGUGAUUCGCUCUGUUCUAUGAGCAGUAACAGCAGUGGGACACAUCCCACAGUCAGGUCUCUUAGACAACAGCCCAGCAGAUCUCUGUCCACGUCCACGUCCACGUCCACGUCCAUUGGUGCUGUGUCUACUUUAGUCACAAGACGAACAUCCUCAGGUUUGGUGACACACCCUUCAGUAGACAGACCUAAACUGCAGCAGCAGACACAUCCUGCACCAUCAGAGGACAAACCUGCCAAAGAGUCACGCUCCCAGAAACACAACAGGAUGUUGCAGGAGGUGGUGGAAAAAACACUCAAACACCAUGGGAUCAGUGCAGAGCACCAGUGCUUUGACGCCUGCAGCAAAAGACUGUUUGAUAUUUCCAAAUUCUAUCUCAAGAUUAUGUUCUUACACAGAUGUGAAUUCUUCUCGGUCGUCGCUGACAGAGAUGACAGUCUGACAUGGUGACGUUGGAAGGAUGAGUGGCAGGGCUACGAGACAACAAGCUGGAGAAGAUUCUAAACAAACAGCGAUAAAAGAAUCUCGGUGAGUGUGUCAGUGUGUGCGUGCGCGUUUGCUUUGUUGUUGUGUUUGUUUACACCUGCAAUUUUAGCUCGUACAGAGCGCGUCUGACGGGCGGGGGACGUUCUUUUUCCUCCACAUCCACACAUAAUAGCAGUGUUUAUCAUGGGAGCAGGCUUAGUUUCACAUGUACGUUGAUGUUACUUUAACAAACAAACAUCCCGUAUUGGGGGUUGCGCAGCGUUGAACUGCAGAAAGGCUAAGUCUAAGUACACAGUGGUUACUGAACCUACAGACUCGAACACUGUCGAACACUGAUGGUGUUUCUCCUGAAGGUGUUUGGUAAGUUGAGUCUGGCUGAAGGGAAUAAUGGACAAGUCGAUGAGAAAUUAUUAUUAUUAUUUAAUUAAUUAAAAUGUAAGCAUCUUUAAUUUCAACUAUUUCACCAGUGUAGGAUCAACAAAGUUCAAACUAAUCUAAUC